GGCCUGCAGGGGGCGCGCUGGGUCGUGUACACGGUGUGCUUUUCAGGAGCCGAGAGAUAAAAAACAACAGUAACAAUGGGUGUGAAGUGGAAGAGCUGAAAUAACCGCGGUGUGUAUGUGUGUGUGUGUUGGAGAAAGGGAGAGACGGAGGUACCGGAGGAUCCCAGACCGACGGAGAGAGCUGGAUGUGAGCGCGGAUUAACGCCAUGAUCACCGCCUGAGCGCGCGCGCACUCACACACACAGGUGGACAGGAUGGGUGAGACUCCUGCAGGAGCUCCGCCUCCCUCCAUCACGCCGCUGCAGCAGAUGGUGGCCUCGAGCGCCGGAGCGUUACUGACCGCUCUCUUUGUGACGCCUUUAGACGUGGUGAAGAUCAGGUUGCAGUCCCAGCAGGCACCGCUCUACAAAGCUCUCCCAGCGGAUUGUCGUGUAUGGAAGAGAAAGUCUCGUCUCCCAAAGUGGAAGUGUUUUCUCUACUGUAACGGACUGAUGGACCACAUCUACGUCUGCCAGAACACGACGGCCUGCGGCAUCUGGAACAAAACACCCACACACUUCAGUGGGACACUGGACGCGUUUGUGAAGAUCUCGCGCUCUGAGGGUCUGCGCUCCCUGUGGAGUGGACUUCCUCCUACACUUGUGAUGGCGGUUCCCACCACCGUCAUCUACUUCACCUGCUACGACCAGCUCAAGGACUUCCUGACUUACGGCCUCGGUUACCAUAGCAACUACGUCUCUAUGGUCGCCGGCGGUCUGGCGAGACUGGGUGCGGUCACAGGGAUCACCCCGCUGGAACUGGUGCGCACUAAGAUGCAGUCGCGGCGUGUGUCGUACAGCGAGCUGCGGGUGUGUAUCCGGUCGGCCGUGGCGCAGAACGGCGUGCUGUCGCUGUGGAGGGGGUGGGGCCCUACCGUGCUGAGGGACGUCCCCUUCUCUGCUAUGUACUGGUUUAACUAUGAGCUGAUAAAAGCAGAGCUGUGUGAGAGAUACAGAACACCGCAGGCUUCCUUCACCAUCAGCUUUGCAGCAGGAGCCGUUUCUGGAGCUAUCGCUGCGAUCACGACGCUGCCGUUUGACGUGGUGAAAACACGCAGACAGAUCGAGCUGGGAGAAAUGGAGAUGCUCGGAGCUCCUCUGAAGAAGCCUUCGUCCACGUGGCUCAUAAUGAAGAACAUCUGGACUGAGACGGGUUACAGAGGACUGUUUGCAGGUUUCAUGCCUCGUGUGAUUAAAGUGGCUCCGGCGUGCGCCAUCAUGAUCAGCACGUACGAAUUCGGGAAGGCGUUCUUCCGCCAGCGCAACGAAGAGCAGCGAGGUGGCUGAGACGUCCCGAGCAACGCGGCAGAGCUGCAUGAACGUUUUCACCCCGAACCGACCCGCCUUUAGCUCCACCUUGGCAUGCGUCCUGUUCUUGUCUCCCCAAAACGCCCGGGGAGCGUGGCCGACACUCGCGGGUUUAAUCUAAUAACGCCGUGUAUGCGUUAUUUAUUAAUUUAUUUUUCCUGACACGGGAUGAUGUACUUGCAUUGCUGUAAAACUGCAGCACGGUGGAGCUGCACCCAAGCAUGCUGGGUAAACUGGUAUUCCUGCAUUUAUCUGCAUGCACGGGAGCUUUGAGGGGAAUUUUAUUAUUCAGCGAUUGGAUUGAUCCUGACCGUGAAAUGGUUCCUAAUUCCAUGUUCCAUGAGGUCUUAGUUUAUGUCGUAUUUGGUGUACGAGUGGACAGUGUUUAUACACUGACCCCUAGUGGUCAUAGCAAGCACUGCAACUUUAACGGAGGUUAAUCAGAACUUUGUUAGAGAAAUAUGGUUGAAAUAUUAAAGCACAGUCGCAUUGCUCCGUCUCAUCUGUCAGCUCUCACCUAAAGCACACAGCUGGAGCAUUAUAUAUCUUAUAUGGAUAAAUAACCUCUAAAAUUAAGAAACAUAUACAGUUUGCUAUGAUUUGUUCAUUAUUGCCCCGUCAGGCUUUGACUGACUGCAAUGAUUUCUGGGUAAUCUGCAUUGCCAAAUUCAAGACUUGAGCCCUUAUUCAAACUUCCUGUUUCAGUUUUUGGAAACCUUUUGGAUAAGAAAAUUCUAAUUCAAAAGGAAAAUGUAAGAAAAUGCAUUAUGGAAAAUCUUGAAGGAAGUCAGUCUGGAUGUGUCUAAAGCUCCAGCAUCACUUUACCACUCAUGAUGAGUCCAAAAGAUCCGUAAAUAAGAAGGGAAACGAGCAAACGAUGCAGUGUCAAUUAACUGCUUCAUACACUGGAUUUUAAAUUUUUUAUUGGUAACGCUUCUCAGCAGCAGCAGUGCCAAUUUCCACUAAGAAUACAAAUAACUUGUAUAAUAAUUAAUAUUUAAAUUAUAAUUUACUUGUGUAAUGAAUGAUAAACACAGCCAAACUUUCAACCCUUUAUCUUUGAUUAAACUUAAUGGUCUGUUUAAGCUGAACUAAUAUUAAAACCUGUUUUUUUUGUAAUGAAGAUGCAGGUGUUUGUUUGAACUGUUUGGCAGCCUUUCGACUGCAGUGUAGUUUUGUUAUAAUUUCUUUCUAUACACUUGGGAAAGGAAAAUUUUUUUUUUUGUAUUGUGUGUCUGUUCAUUGACGAUGUUAUGCUAGAUCUGACUAGCUACGUUUAAGUCACGGCGCCAUGACGCUAACCGAAGGCACUGUGACAAGUGAAAUAAAUACUUGCAAAGGUAGCGUUGUUGAAUAAACCUAAUGAAGAAUGUCGUAUGACAUGUGAUCACUUCAUCUGCGUGUAUUUAGCUGUUGCAAAACAGAUUUUUUUUUCUCCCACCUAAUGUGCAUUUCGAAAGCAAAUAAAGCAAGUAUGCAUAAUAAUAUAA